UCUGUAUGAAGGUAGAUUAUGAAAAGGUAAAUGAUACCUUGGUGACAAAUAGUUGGAUCGGGUGGAAGUGAGCUCCAGUGAGGGCAGCAGAGUGCUGCUUAUACGCAGGUGGUUGGAAGGGCUGUUUAGGGCGUAGGGGGUGGGUUGGAGGUGGCUGGGGGGAGUGUGGGGUGGGUGGGUGAGAAGAGGCCGGAACCUCUGGAGCCGCACACGAUCGUCACAGACUGCCUGGAGAAAGCAGAGAAAGCCAGCUACCGACAUGGGGGACCAGGACUCUUCACCAAGUCCAAAGUGUGUGUCGCUGGCGGAGGUCCUGUCACACUACGGUCUGAGCAACCAGUGCCAGCUGAGCAUGGAGCACCUGAAGAACAUCUGCCUGACCAUCCUCCACCAAGGGCCACCGCCUGUCUGCCCCACCCAGGCACCACCUCCCAAGACCUUGGACCACCAUGCGUGGGGCUACGGCUUCCUGGCCGUUUCCAUCAUCAACCUGUCCUCCCUCAUGGGCCUGGCGCUCGUCCCCUUCGCUGCAAAGCCCUGCUUCCCCAAAGUGCUCAGCUACUUCACCGCUCUGGGAAUUGGCACGCUCUUCUCCAACGCUGUGCUGCAGCUCAUCCCGGAGGUGCUGGGAUUUGACCCCGGCGCUGACAACUACAACCUGAGUGUCACCGGAAUAUUUGGGGGAUUCUACGUUCUCUUCUUCACUGAAGGGAUCUUGAAGAUGGUGUUAAAAACUGAGCACGAGGUACGACACCAUCCCGUUGCCAAACAUGGCCACGGUGACGAAAGACCCCCAUUGGAGUCCUUCAGCGCCAGUGUACGGAGCAGUGCGGAGGGGGUCACCGCCAGCAGCGUGGGCAGCAUCAUCAGCAUCAGCAGCAGUGUGCCCUUUGACCUCAGCACGGUGCAGGACCCUCUCCUACUUCUUCCUACCUUGCUCCAGGAGGGCCGCACUCGCACCGUCUGCUGCGGCUGGCUGCGCUCCCGACCCCUCGGCUCCGUCAGGACGGUGGCCUGGAUGGUCACGCUGAGCGACGCGCUGCACAACUUUGCGGACGGCCUGGUUAUCGGAGCGUCCUUCGUCGCGUCUGUCCUCGCUGGUUUCAGCACAUCCAUCGCCGUCAUGUGCGAGGAGCUUCCCCACGAGCUGGGUGACUUUGUGAUCCUCCUCAACGCAGGGCUGAGCAUCCCCCAAGCGGUCUUCUUCAACAUCCUCUCCUCUCUAUCAUGCUAUUUGGGUCUUGCUCUGGGAAUCCUGGUGGGCGGCGCCUUCGCGCCCAACGCCAUCUUCGGCAUCGCAGGUGGCAUGUUCCUCUACGUCUCUGCGGUGGAUAUGUUCCCAGAGAUGAACAACAUCCCGAGGUGCGAGGAGAGGACCCCCAGAAGCAGCGUGCUGUUUUUUCUCAUCCAGAACGCUGGUCUGCUGAGUGGUUUCGCUGUCAUCCUGCUCAUCACCUUGUUUGCUGGGGACAUCAGCCUUGAAUAGUGGCCGUCAGGACGAUGACGCUUUGAACAAGGAGCCCCAGCUCUGACACGGCCU